ACCCUUAAAUUUUGUAUGCAACCCUACUCUCAAAUCCAGAUUUCAGUUUUUCAAAAAUGUCACCCUAACCCACUCCAGACCUCUUCUUGUCUCCUCUCCCCAAAUCUUCCGGUCUUCCCCGUCGCCGGCAGAAAAGCCGAAUACUACCGAGCGACAACAGCGUGCCUGUCUCCAGUGGUUCACAAUCGCGUCUUGAAGCCUCCGACGGUCCUCUCAUUGUUGCGGAUUGCGUGCUUCCGGGUCUGCGCCGCCACCAUCGCCACCGUUUCGGAGCUGUGUCUCUUGUCUCUCAACGAACCAGGAAGCUGUGAAUGUAUGACUUGAAGUUGCAGAUGUUUAGAUAGGCAGAUCCAAGUGUCCAACAUGCUGAAGUUGCAGAUGAUCGAUCUUGUCAUUUGAAUUCCAGUUUGAAGUCGAUCGACCGAGUUGAAAAUAUGUAUAAUGAUGUAUUUUUGAAAUUGUUAGCGGUCUUUCAACUUUUUAUUUCUGUAGUCUGUAUUGUCCUGGCCAUAGUAUUGUUGUUUAAGUUGUAAUUUGACACUUGAAUUGAAACAGACAAAUGACAAAUUGUGUAAAUUAGUUUGAGUA